GGCCAGCCCUGGGAAGCUUUCAUCUAACGGGCGAUUAUCUUGAUCCGGUAGGCCUCGCCGCUCGCCUUAACUGGACCCGGGAGCGAGCGAAAGGCAUCAAUUGAACGGUUUGUGGCGUGCCGUAAACAACAAGUGUCGAUUGUCAGCCACCCCGACAGUCCUCACGAUUCUCUUUCUACACCUCCCUCUCAUCAUAGAAGUGUUCGUAUUUCCAUUGUGUGCCGGUGAAACUAAAAGUCAAUUAGUGUAGUUUCCGAAGAUUGUUGCUCCUUUCCUUGGGACGCGAACAAGGAACCCGUUCAUGCGUAUGCGUGCGUGUAUGUGUGUGUGUCAAUUAUCCUUUGCUUCCUCGCUUUAUGAGCCAACUCUUGUGUGACUUUUGUGUGUGUAAUUAAUACGAGCACUUCACCAGCCUCUGGCAGAGGCUUCGGUUACGGGUGGAAGAAGAAAGUUUUCCACCCUCCUUUCCAACACAAAAGACGUUUACACGUUUGGGUCUGCGAAGACCCACACCAUUAUUCGCUCAUUAUCCUUCCGAGAAAAAGGGGUUGCGAGAAACAGGAUUUCCCUCCAGAAAAGUGCAUCCAAGACGUGGUUGUGUGUAUGUGUGUGUGUGAGAGCCGACAAAGCUGAAGCAAUGUUGCGGCACAGCCAACGAGCAUGCAAACGCAACCAAGUGGCCGGCCUGCCGGGCAUUGCGGGCAUCCUGUUGAUCGUCGUAGGAUUAGUGGGAAAACUUUGCACCGCAAAUGCGGCCACCACCGUCCACUACCAGCGACAUGCUGCACCACCAGCCAAAUCAACGGCCACGCCCGCCCAACAGUACUUUGAUGCCGUUGCACCGGAAGAUCGAGAAAACUUCAUCAAAUACCAUCUGGACAGGGCACUGGAGGAGCGUUUGCCCCGGCACACGAGCAGCAUACCGAAGGACUUUGAGUUCGUUGCCUUCCAGGACGCGGCUGAGCCGGAACAUUUUUCCCUCAACCUGUUGGACCACUUUAUGAUCGCUUACGGUCUGUCGGAGCUGGAUGUGUACGCGUUUGUGGCGCUGAAUGUGAUCUGCUUCCCUUCCGGCUGGUGCUUCGACCCGGACGAUGUCGGUAACAUUUGCUGUCCCUUCUAAAGCUUCGGCAGCCUGGGCGUGUAAAUAGGACCUUGCAAGUGGAGCAGCGUAAUGUAAACAUAGACACACACACGGAUAUGUAUAAAACACACACACACAUACAUGAUGGGCCCUUUAAGGAAAGCAGUCCAAAAAGGGCAGCAACAUGGGCGAGAUACAGCAAACUACAUGUUGACAAAAUUAACAUCAAUAAAACCAGAGCAAAUUGCUAAAUCAAUUAAGCCACCCCGACAAACCGGGGGAAGGAGUCCCCCGUUUUGGGAGCACUUUAUUUUA